AUGAUGAAGGUGGCAAGUUCUUUGCUUGUUGUUUUGUGUCCCCUAACUAUUCAUAUAACAAAAAUUUAUGCUCGCUCAGUUCUGCAAAAAUCUAUUGAUUUAUCACCGGGAUAUUCAUUAGAAGAUGACGAAUCAAGCUUCAUACAUAAUAGUAUUAGUAGUUGUCGUCAUCGUUUGGAACAUUCAACUAAUUUUCAAGCACUUCGUUGGUCUCUUCGAAAAGUGCAACAAACUGAAUUAUGUGAAUUUUGCGAAUUAAUCAUUCCAGUGUUUCUAUUAUGUUCUUGCCGACUUGCCGAACAUACACCAACUUUUGAUUCAUCGUUGAAUGGUUCAACGCCUGUCGUUAUUAUAGUGGAUGUCCCUCAUACAUUCGCCAAUAUUGACGAAUGUCCACCUAACUUUCAUCACUAUACCUCAUGGGCAUUCGCCAGUACACUACCUGGACUCCCGCCAAUAAUUGGCGAAAGUUAUAUUGGCGAAGUUCGGCGAUCCCACAUAUAUUUUCGAAGAAAAUAA